AGAUUUUUUUGAAAUUGAAAUGGUAUUCUUUUCCUGCAAUGCUUGUGGCGAAUCACUGAAGAAAAACCAAGUGGAAAAGCAUUACACAACAAAAUGUCGCCAAGCUAAGUCGUUGUCCUGUAUUGACUGUAGCAAGGAAUUCUGGGGGCAAGAGUAUGAUAAGCACACAAAAUGUAUAUCUGAAGAAGAGAAAUACUCUGGGAAAAACUAUGUAUCAAAGUCAGGGGCCAACAAAGGGGAACAGAAACAGAAUCAGUGGUUGGAGCAAGUACAUGCUGCCAUCAAUGGUGCACAAUCUGACAAGAGUGUCCUCCACCUGUUACACCAAAUUAAAGACUAUCCUAACAUCCCACGCAAGCAGGCAAAGUUUAAAAAUUUCCUGAAGAAUUCACUGCGAGUAAAGAAGGAAUCAUUAAUAGACGAAGCCUGGAACCUUAUAAUGAAACACGCUGAACAGACCAAGACAACUGAGACACAAUCACCAGAAGCUAAACCAAUGAAUGGAAAUCAUGAGCCACAGUCCAAAGCUGAGACAGAAAUAAUUCAGAAAGGUCAGACAAAAAAGGAAAAGAAGGAAGAAAUGAAAAAGAAGAGGAAAGAAGAAAGAAAGAGGAAGAGAAAAGCAGAUGAAAAUGGAGAUGUUAAGGAGGAGGAGGAGGAGGAAAAACCAAAGAAAAAGAAGAAGAGAAAGAAGGAGGAACAUGAAGAGGAGGAUAUGGCAAAUGGAGAUGUGGAGGCCAGUACCUUAACGCAGGACCUCAGUCAAGACAAGCAAGUAGAAGAAAAGAUAAAUCAGGAAAAUAUGGAUGAGAAGAGCAACAAAGUAAAGGCUAAAUUUGAUUGGGAGCAAGUCAUAACUGAAGUCUUACAUAAAAAAGGAGAAAUUACACUCAAAAAAUUGAGAAAGAAGGUUUUAGCUGAGUAUGCCUCUGUGAGAGGGGAGCCUGGAUCAGAAGAGAAAAUAUUGGCCAAAUUCAUGAAAAAAGUCAACAAGAAUCCCAGAAUCAAAGUUCACAAAGAGAGGGUCAAGUUAAAGAAUUGAACUGGAAUUACUAUAAUAUGUGAUAUUAAUUUUUUUUUUUAAUUUAACUGUGUUCACUAUGUUCAAUAAGAUUGUCAAGAUUUUAAACUGGUUUAAAGGACAUCUGACUUAACAUCAUUAUAUUUAUACUGUACAACUUUUAAAUGCAAUCAAUGUUAUGAUUUUUGUUGAAUGUUAAUGCAGUUUUGGUCUGGUAUUAUUAAUUCACCCGGUUAAAAUCAUUGUGAAAG